AUGCCAUUAAAGCAUGGGAUGCUGAUGGGCUGUGAAUGGAAUGAUUUGCUUUGGAUGUUUGUGGAUCAGAGAAUGCAGUAUCAGGCAGUACAACUGACGUGUGGUGAUCGUGCCUGUUCAUCAUGUGCUCUAUUAAAACUCAGGCAUAUCAUCACCGAUGUUGCAUUUAAGAAAGAAAUGGAAAAAUUACAAGUUACCUGCGUUAGAAAACCGAAGAAUUGUCCAUGGCAUGGGGCGCUAAAGGACUACCGGGUAUAAUUUUAUGUUGAAGCAGAAUAUUGUUAUAGAGUGUAGGAAGAGAAAAAUCACUAGAUAGACUCUGAUUUCAAAGUUUUAUUCGGUUAUGCUUCUUAUAUGAACUGUCUAUGAAAAGGCUAAUAAAUCGCAUUACUAACUUGGUUGAUUUAACUGCUCCACUCUCCAUGCUAAAACGCCAGUAUCACCUAUUGACACAGUGUCCUGUAUCUGUUUACUCUUUUUUUAUUGCUCUCAAUCUAAUCUCUCUUCUUCUUUCUCUAAGUCCAAUGUUUUUUCUUUUCUUUUGUUUACGGUGAUGUUCGUUUUUGUUCUGUUUAAAGAUUCCUUUCCGGAGAUGUAAUGUAGUCCUUAGGACGACGAUUUCACCUAUUGGUUUUCUUUUCUUCUUCAUUCUGAUUUCUUUAAAUAAAUAGCUUAAAUCAAAUAAUCAUAGCAUAGAGGCAGAAGAGAUAUUACAGUCCAACCUAAAAUCCAGACCAGUUUUAAUCUGAGUUAGUAUAACUUCAGAUCGAGAUGAUUGCACAUACCGAUCUCAAAUCUGGCUAGUCCGACCUACAUCGGACUGCUCAAGUCAAUUGUUGUGACCUGUCGUUCCCGGCAACUCGUAAGAUUAUGCUCUUGUACCAUCCUUGCGCAAUUCGGUUCCUGCCCAACUCUUGUUUCAUCUUUCCGUUCUCCCAACUCUUUCUGUUCUUGCGCAAUCCCUGCGCAACUCUUGC